CGCCCCGCCGCCGCCCGCACCCCCGCGCCGCCCCGCUGGGCUCCGCCGCUCGCCCCAGCGUCGCUCCCGCAGUCGGCUGCCGCUCGCUGACUCGCUGCCGCCGCCAGCCGGGGCACCGGGAUGCCCAGCGGCCCUGCCGCCCAUCCCUGCCGCCCGCCGCGCCGCCCGGGGGGCACGCCGCCGCCGGAGAGUUGAGUUAGGAAGUCAUGGUGCCCUGGGAGCCCUCCCCGCCCCGGCAGUGCGGCGGCUGGACGCUCUGCGACUGCUGCUGCUGGCUGCUGCUGCCCGCCGUGCUGCUCGUCCUCGCCCGCCCCGACAAGCUGGCGGCCUUCCCUACCUCCUUAAGUGACUGCCAGACGCCCACCGGCUGGAACUGCUCCGGUUACGAUGACAGAGAAAAUGAUCUCUUUCUUUGCGACACCAAUACCUGUAAAUUUGAAGGGGAAUGUUUAAGGAUUGGAGACAGUGUGACUUGUGUCUGUCAGUUCAAGUGUAACAAUGACUACGUGCCCGUGUGCGGCUCCAACGGUGACACCUACCAGAAUGAAUGCUACUUGAAACAGGCUGCCUGCAAGCAGCAGAGCGAAAUACUCCUGGUGUCUGAAGGAUCGUGUGCAACUGAUGCCGGCUCAGGAUCUGGAGAUGGAGUCAAUGAAGGCUCAGGAGAAACCAAUCAAAAAGAGACAUCGACCUGUGACAUUUGCCAGUUUGGGGCAGAGUGUGACGAAGAUGCAGAGGAUGUUUGGUGUGUGUGCAACAUUGACUGUUCUCAAACCAACUUCAAUCCUCUUUGUGCUUCCGAUGGGAAAUCUUAUGAUAAUGCAUGUCAAAUCAAAGAGGCAUCAUGCCAGAAACAGGAGAAAAUUGAAGUCAUGUCUUUGGGUCGAUGUCAAGAUAAUACUACAACAACUACAAAAUCAGAAGAUGGGCAUUACGCAAGAACAGAUUAUGCAGAGAAUGCAAACAAACUGGAAGAAAGUGCAAGAGGGAUCUACAUCCCUUGUCCAGAGCAUUACAAUGGCUUCUGCAUGCAUGGCAAGUGUGAGCACUCCACUAACAUGCUGGAACCAUCUUGCAGAUGUGAUGCUGGCUAUACUGGACAACACUGUGAAAAAAAGGACUACAGCGUUUUAUACGUGGUUCCAGGUCCAGUACGAUUUCAGUAUGUCUUAAUAGCGGCUGUGAUUGGAACCAUCCAGAUUGCUAUCAUCUGUGUUGUAGUCCUCUGCAUUACCAGGAAAUGUCCCAGGAGCAACAGAAUCCACAGACAGAAGCAAAACACGGGGCACUACAGUUCAGACAAUACAACAAGAGCAUCGACAAGGUUAAUUUAAAGAGCGCAUGUUUCCACAAUGGCAAAAGUAACUGCCGAGAGCUUGGACUACAAAAUACAGUAUUAUAGACAAAAGAUUAAGACAAGAUCUACACAUGUUGCCUUGCAUUUGUGGUAAUCUACACCAAUGAGAACAUGUACUACAGCUAUAUUUGAUUAUGUAUGGAUAUAUUUGAAAUAGUAUACAUUGUCUUGAUGUUUUUCUGUAAUGUAAAUAAACUA